AUGGGUUACCCUCCGAGCACGCUGCUUGAUUCCAACCACAUGGCCGACGGUAUGCAAAGCUUCACUUCAGGUGCUUCAGACAACCCGAUCAUCAACGGCCUUUCGUACGCCUUCGGUAUCGCUCUCGCCAUCUACUACGUCGCCAUGAUCUUUGACAUCGACCUCACUGCCGUCAUCGACGCUACCGUAGCAGUCUAUCAUGCUUCCCAAAGUGUCCUUACCGCGCAAAACGCUCACGCCACGCCUCGACGCAUCCCCAAUUUCAUCGUCUGGAUCUACACCUCCACUGCAACCCGCAUUAAGACCGCCUACCACUCCCUCAAAGACACGUACAAACUCCUCCACUGGCUGGCCACCACGCUUUCCCAGCCCUCCGCGCGCGGCGACCCAGCCAUCACAGCCACGACCCUCACGCUCGCCCACUGCGGCACCGUCGCCGUGAUCCGCGGUCUCCCGUCCGACGUGUCCGCGCCAGAAGUCCGCCGCUAUCUGGAGACGAGACUGUACGCGCAGUACCGUGCGCAGCCCAACCUCAACAACGAGACGGCUAGGAUCGAUACGCCGGGCCUGGGGUUGUGGAAUGGGACGUGUGUGCGCGGAAGCUCCUCUGGCGCUGCUACGCCUAGCUCGUCUGGCGUCAACACUCCUGCUUCUGGUUCGGAGACUGAUGGCUCUGGUGGCCCUGUUCGCGGUGCGGCGGGUAAGGAGCGCAGGUCUCGGUCGAAGCGUGCUUGA